CACAGCAAUGGAUAGCCUGGCUCGAGUGGACAUGAACACAACGUAUAUGGAAAACAUUCCCGCAGACACGGAAAACAUUCCCGCAGACACAAAUAUCUCCCACACAAAGAAGAUUCGGUGAAAACUAAAGUCUCCGAUAUAAUAGAAGCAGGCGAUACAAGAUUUGAAGUUUGAACAAGCGGACGAGAUAAGGCAAUUAUUGUGGUAUCCUUGAUCCGCACAUUUCGCCGGAGUACAUUUUUGUUGGAUGUUGGAGAUUUAUGAUUAGGUUGAACCGAGUAUUUUGAAUCAGUAGAACGCUCGCUUAAGUUCGGAGGGAUUUCUCUCUGAGUGAUUCUAAGUUACCACUCGAUCCUGACCCUGAUGACUGAUGUUUUGCGAGGCAUCCCUGACUCUUCUCAAGACUAUGGGGGACAAAACACCUUACAUCCCUACUUACACGAGAUUUCGAAAGCAAAGCCAUUGGUUAGAAUCGAGUGAUAUCAUUGGCUAGCCACAAAGUACGGAUACUGGCAUGGUGGUUGUCGGGUUUUCCUAAGAUUUGCUGGGUACAUGACUGAAGAAGGAAGCUCAAACGUGUUACAAGGUUGUGAAGAAUAAGAUGAAGUCCUAGUUGAACAGAAUCUCGAGAAGGCACAGGGCGAAAUGUGAUCGCUUUUAUCUUAAGACAAUCAGAUGCAGCGGGGAAGAUAUUCAACAUCAUAUUUCGAUGACCCAGAUCAGACAUUAAUACAUGUUGCAAAUAUGACCGUUGAUCAGAACUAACAACGUGAAAAUGUCAACUGACCCAGUUAACUUUUAUACCUACCUGGGGGAAAAAGAUAAAGUGUUCUUGGAAAAGGAAGCGACAGGCUGACUGUAACUUUCAGGUCAAUCUACCAGCUGUAAUCUACUAGCUGACAAUAAAGUCCCUGGAAUAUUGGAAUAACUUAUGUGCUUGGAGUGACCAGUGGUACUUAUAGAAAACUACGUUUACUUAAGCCCAGAGGACGAUUUCCAGAUUGCACAAUACUAGUCAAUGUGAUAACAUUGCUGCUCGCAGUGACCCUCUUACUUAGUGCCAGACAAGCAGGUCCAUCACAAAGGAAAUUAUCUGAUACUAUCGAUUAAAACAGAUUGGUCCAAUCAGAGCUGAGGGUACACCCCUACAACACAGUUCGGCUUUCUUCCAGCUAAGUCGGAGAAUUGAAGAAAGCGAAAGGAUUGUUACCAUAGUCCUUAGCUAUCAGGCCAUUGAAAGAGGAAAAUAUUGCACAAAAUAUACCACAGUCCAAUGUCUAUGCAACAACGCGAGUGUACGGAAUGGCAUGUGCUGCUCUGCACCAUGGACCUCAAAGACCCAAGUGUGACAGGAACAGAACAACCCGUCCUAGUUGUUGGAACUACAAUGCAAUGUGGAAACGUGAUGAAGAUCGAGAAUUGAAUUAAAAUCGAGAGAAUUUGCAGCAUGGACUUUGGUAACAAAAAGCGGGAUAUCAGAAUUCGUAACCAUAGUAGAAACCACCGGAGGUAAAGUUCAUGAUAACCAGAUUGGAAGAUCCUACAUUCCGACAUCAUCACAGGGUUAAACGGUGCAGUUUGUGGUAUUUCAACGCUGCUCUCUCUAUCGCUGAAAUCUUUAAAAGGUGGUUCCAGAACGGCGUGGUGACUGUUUUAUCUGGGCAGUUAUAGAUAAUUACACCUGUCUAAUCUCAUUACAGUUAUAUGCUCUGCCAACAAAUCUCCUCUUUCAAGGGGGUACAGACAAGAACGUUCCAGAAUAUUUGGUGACUUGAUCUGGACAGUGGAGAAUUUUACCUGUUCUAUCUCUGGGAAUAUCGCAGCUACAUAAUCUGUCACCAAAUCUCUACCCCCAAGGGGGUGAAAGAUUGAAAGUUCCAGAAAGAUUUUGGGACUGUUAAAUCCAGACUGUUGAGGAUUCCACCGGAGUGAUCUCUGCAAUCGAUGAAGUUGUAAACCACUGAAUGUCAAAUUCAAGGGAUUAAAGAACGGUCCGGUUCUUUACGGUGACUGUUGGAUCUGGACAGUGGCUCUGCUUUAACAUGACAUAUCUAUAUCAAUGUGAUCUGGUUUAAUCAUAUAAUAAUAGUCUGGACAAACGGACCAGAUACUAGGAUUAUCCUGAAACAGAAAAUUAACGAUGGAUCAAUGUUGUCGAACAGAGAGCGCCUAUUAGCUAUCAAAACAUCGCAGGACAGAAAUAUCGGUGUCGACCACUUGCAGAGUUUAUUCUAGCUUACGAAAAAGUCCCGGUACUCGAAAGAAUGGAAAGUUUUUAAACAAGGUUGCGGAUUUAAAUCGAACCAAUGACGGUUAGUCGAAACACCAGUGCAGCACUGAGAUUUUUAGAUUCUAACAAAAGUUACCCAGCGAGAUACAGAAUUGAAGAUCGGUUACUGGUUCCAAGUACGGAAACCAAGUUUUAAAGGAAAACACCUAAGAGCACUCAGCGGAUUAUUUACAUUUCAACUGAGACGAACAGAUGGUCUUCUCUCAUCCCCAUUCCCCAUAUUCAAUGUUUAAUAUUGGGAUAUUGUUAGUCAUACUGUAUAAUAAUAAUAAUGGUUAAGCAAACAAGUAACCAUUACUAUCUUGUAAUAGAAUGUCGUACGACCGUGGUCACAACAACUAUGGCAACAGAUUAGACGGAAGUCCUCGUGGCGGCGGAGGCGGACAACGUGGCGGUGGUCCCGACCGACGAGACAGACAAUCCCACCACUACAACAAGCCCUACGACAACCGGCGUGGCGGCGGCGGGGGUGGUUACCGUGGGGAUAGACGCGGAGGUUUCCAGGACAACCGGAUCAGUGAUGAGGUGAAGGUGGAGGUGGGAGUGUUGUUCAAUAAGAGCUACGUGUUUACUGAGACUGAGGGCUUUACUCUUCCUGAUCACACAACCUGGUUCACUCAACCUCCUUACCAGGUGUCGACACUGCAGUUCUACAAAGAUGAUCUGAACAAAACAAAGAAUAAACUAAACGACAAAGACAAGGAGGUGUGGCACAGACACACACGGUUCACCAACCCGGCGGGGAAUAUCAUGCGGACUGUGCGGAAUGAGCUUCAGGCGGAGCUUCUGACGCAGGCGUGGGCAAAGUUUUAUGAAAUGGCGAGUAAAAUAGUAUCCGACAAGCCAGAGUUCACCUCAGUCCACAUUUGUGAAGCUCCGGGAGGCUUCAUCUGUUCUCUGAACCACUACCUGAAAAGGAAUCAUCCAGAGUUUCAGUGGAACUGGUUCGGCAUGACUCUCAACCCAUAUUUCGAAGGAAACACUUCCAAAGAGAUGGUUGAUGACGACCUGUUCAUCUCCAAGACCUACAGUAACUGGUACUUUGGGGGCGAUAACUCAGGAAAUGUCAUGAACAGUGAGAAUAUCGCAGAUCUUAAAAAGAAAGUUUCUGCCGAGUCAACAUCCCCGGUCCUACUGGUUACAGCUGACGGGAGUAUAGACUGUCAGGACAACCCUAACGAACAGGAAGCGACAGUUGCUCACCUCCACUAUUGUGAAACAGUCUCGGCUCUCAAUCUUCUCGCUCCAGGCGGAAACUUCCUUCUCAAGGGAUUCACUCUCUUCGAGCAUUCUACACUCUGUCUAACUUAUCUUCUUGUUUGUCUGUUUGAGAAGGUCGAGGUAGUAAAGCCGCUGACCAGCAAGUCAGGGAACUCAGAAACAUACACUCUGUGCACUGGCUUCAGAGCUGAUGUCCUCUCCAGCGACCAACUUGAAGCAUUGAAGCAGCAUCAUUCUUUGGAGGGAACAGACAACGCUUUCUUUGCCAGGUCAGACAUCCCAGAAGAGUUCAUCCUCAAGUUUAAAGAUUGUUCCAAGAAGUUUAAAAACUACCAGCAACAGAUGAUCGAAAAUAAUAUCAGAACCUUCGAACACUUUCCCCCUCCCGAAAAGAAUAAACUGUUUCAGAUUAAGAAGUUCGCAGUGGAGCACUACAUGAAGACUGUCUGUAAGGGCCUAGGCCCUAUCCCAGAUGAUAAAAGACUAGUCAGGGACAUCUACCUGAAUGGGACUAAGCUCAACACUACAGCCAUGCUUAGUAGUGACGGAAAGAAAGGGUCCAAUAGACGACAGCUAGCUCAAAGUCACAGCGAGAAGGUACAAGCGCUCUCUCUGACGUGGUUCCAGAGAACAGUACUCCCUCUCCUGGACCCCAUCACAGACAAUGCUCCUGAUCAGAAUAUCGGGGACAAGCUCAUGGCUAAGAUGGGUUUCACCGCUGGGGAGGGUCUCGGUCGGGACGGAUCAGGGAUGAGAGAAGCAAUCCAAGUAAAGCAGCUGGAGGAAGGCAGAGGUCUGGGCUACUCCGCUAAUCCCAUCAACUCUGCGAUCGUCAGCAGUCGGGACGAGGUCCAGUGGUUCGAGUCGCCUGGUGGUAGAGAAAUUGUGUUGUCACCAGUGGAAGGGAGAAGAUUAUCACGUGUUACUAACUCCAGAUUCCUCUCAGUUGAUACUCUAGAGAAGCUGAACGAGGCUCAGGCUGAAAGCACGGUGAUCCAUCGUAGUGAUUUGUGUGAUGUAGCUAAAAGUGUUCACGCUUUCUACGCACUCAGUGCUAUCCCUGAGGCUUAUUCUUUUUCGGACAUUCAGCUGGGUUAUCUUAACAAUCUCACAAGUUUUGUUUCUAAAGAUAAUGUUGGUUCAGAUUUCUCUUCGUCUAUCGAAUUCCACGAGUACCUUGAAAAACGUUGCACAGUUAAGGACUCCUUCGAAUGUGAAGAAAAUUCACUGGAUUUGAUAACAUUUGACACCAGCUCUAAGGAGAGCAUGUUAGAAAACCUCAAAAAUGUGUUGACCCUUCUUAAAUCAGGUGGCAACUGCAUUCUACACUGUCAGAGAGUUCAGGACAGAUUCACAGUUUCUGUCGUGUACAUACUCACCAGACUGUUUAGAAGGUGCUCCUUCAUCAAAACAUCUGUCUGUUGUCCACAUACACCAGAUAUGUUUUUCGUUGCCGAAUCGUUCAAAUCACCGGAUAACGAAGAGCUACUCUCGUCAAUACAACAGUGCAUAGAUAAACUCCACGAGGCCGCACAAAACGGUCGAGACAUUGUCGAGAUAUUAUCCGUAUCAUAUCUCUUCCAGCCAGACUUCUAUAAGUUUGUGUCAUGUCCCAAUGAAAAGGUGUCUUUAGAUGCGUUUGAUACGAUCGUUGAUCUUGAAAAGAUGAACCACAGAAACUCUUUUCCAUCCGGAAAAAGUAAUGGUUUUAUCACGAAAUGUAUCAGUGAGACACAGUAAAUCAGACUAUUUCAGAUUUAUGGGAGUUGUGCUUUUCCUUGUUUCACACUACUUGCAUACUUGAUAAUUUUUUCAAUUUAAUAUUAAAUAAAAAGUUACGUAUUUGCUGAUAUUUUAUUUUAAAAUUUUACAUUAAAUGUUCAUGUUCUAAAAUCCUUUUGAUUGUGUAUUACAUAUUAUAAUGUUAAAUUGUAAAUUUUUAUCUUUUGAAAAUA